AUGGAAGAGUUUCUGAUGAAGGGGUAUUACAAAACACCAAGUUUUGAUUGGAUCAUGCUGAUUGGAGCGUGUAUGGCGUUUCUACAAGACGAUGAUAACCCCGAAAUAAAUAUUGAAGACUUACAAGACCUAGAGGAAUUUCUCACCCCUGAAGUUCCUGAUAACUCUAACAAGAUAAAAAUAAUUUAG